AUGAAUUUUAAUUUUUUCUCGCUAUUUUACUUAUCAUUAAUAACAAUAGUAAUUAGCAUAAAAGGAAAUAUCUCACUUAAAAAGUACUCAAAUAAAGUGAUAUAUAAAAAUGAUAUUAUGAUCAAAAAAAAAAUUUUUUUUAAUUGUGCAAAAAAAUUAUUCUAUAUAAAAACAAAGCAUAGAAGAAAUAAUUAUAAAAUUAAAACAAAAAAUAAAAAUAUCAUAUAUAACUAUAGUAAAAUUAAAAUGUAUGAAAAUAUUUAUUUAAGUUAUUUAAAAAAUUACAUAGUAGAUGAAGAAGAACUAACACAAAAAAAAGAGCAUAAAGUUGAUGAAGAAAAAUGUGACAACAUAAAAGAGAUAGAAAAUUUAAUAAGUACAACAAUAAGAAAGGAAGAAGAAGAUUUAUUUGAAUUUUUAACUAAUGUAAAUGAAAAAUAUAAUUUAAAAAGCACAUUAAGAGUAGUAGGUGGUUGGGUGAGGGAUAAGUUUUUAAGAAUUUCUAACGACGACAUUGAUAUAACAGUAGACAAUAUGAAAGGUGCUGACUUUUGUAAUUAUAUUAAAGAAUAUAUAAAAGAAAAAGAAAAUAAAAAUUUUAAUUUUGGUAUUAUAAAAAUAAAUUCUGAUCAGUCGAAACAUUUAGAAACAUCUAGUUUUAAUCUAUUUAAUUUUCAAGUAGAUAUAGUUAAUUUAAGAAAUGAAAAAUAUAGUGAAGAGAGUAGAAUUCCUGAAAUUGUAAUUGGAACACCAGAAGAAGACGCUUUAAGAAGAGAUUUCACUGUAAAUUCCUUAUUUUAUAAUUUAAAAAAUAAAAAAGUUGAAGAUUACACAAAAAAAGGGAUUUUUCAUUUAAAAAAUAAAAUUAUAUGUACACCUUUAGAUCCGCUCUCUACUUUUCUUGAUGAUCCUUUAAGAAUUAUCAGAUGUAUAAGAUUUUGUGGUUCUUUUGAUUUUUGUUUAGAAAAGUCUAUUUUUAAUGUUUUAAAAAAUGAAGAUAUAAAAAAUUCUUUUAGUAAAAAAAUUUCGAAAAGUAGACUUUCUUCAGAAAUUACAAAAAUAUUUUCUGAAAAAUGCAAAAAUAUUGUUUUAUGUUUAACCUUAUUAAACUAUAGUUCUUAUUCUUCUAAAAUUUUUAAACUACCAUUAGAGUACUUUAUUAAGGAUCAAGAAAACUUUGAAAAAAUAAAAAAAAAAGAUAAAAUUAAUAAAAGUAUACAUAAUUGUGAAGAUAAUGGUACAAAUAAAAAGAUUCAUGAUGAUUUUUAUGAAACUGAAAAAGAGAAGAUAAAUAAAAAUGAUGCAAAUAAUAUUAUUAAAAAUAAUACAAGUGAUUUAAAUAUCCAAAAUAAUAUAAAUGAUAUAAAUCAAAAUAAUACAAAAAAUAUAAUAAAUAAAGAUAUUAAUGAUGAAAAAAAAAAUGAAGAAGCCAGUUGGCUUUUCUAUGGUUUAAAUUAUGUAAAAUUUUUUAAAGAAAUUGAACAUAAUUUAACAAAAGAAGUAUUUCAUGAUUUACAAUAUAAAGAAAAUGUAAAUUACAUAUAUAUAUGUUUAUUUUUAUUGCCAUUAAAAAAUCAUUUUUAUUACAUAAAAAAUUCAAAAACUGAAUAUGUUGUAGAAUAUAUUAUUCGUGAAUCAUUAAAAUUACCAUUAAAAUAUUCAAAAUUUUGUGUAAACAUUUUCGAAGGUUUUAUUCAUUUAUAUCAUUUAUACAAAAAUAUUGACUUGCUUAAUUUUUUAAAAAAUAAUAUUGAUCAAAAAAAUAAUUUACAUAUAAAAAGUGAUAUUGUAUUAUUUUUAAAAAAAGUAGGUGAAAGAUGGAAUAUAAUAUUUUUUAUAUUUUAUAUAUUUCAUAAAUAUAACGAAAUAAAUAAAAAUUAUUUAGCCUUCACAAUAAAUGAUAUAUAUCCAUCUGACUUUGUUAAAAAAUUAUAUCAAUAUAUUUUGGAAAAUAAUUUACAAAACUCGUAUAAAAUUAAACCAUUUUUAAAGUGGCCUGAUAUUAAAAAUAACUUUCCACGAAUUUCUUCAAAUCAAAUUAAUGAAAUCUAUGAACAAAUAAUACGAUUUAUGUGUAUCCAUGGAGAAAAUAAAAAAGAAUGCAUUGAAUUUUUAAAAGAACAUUUUAAAAAGUAUACAUAA